UAUUUUAUUUUGAGAGAGAGAGAGAGAGAAUAUUCACAUUUCACACAACUCAUCUUUGCGAUGAAUUAAUUAAGUGUAGCACGCUAACUCUUGUUCUUAUCCUCUUCUUGCAGACUGAGCUUUAUGAUCGAAUUGGUCACUUACGUUAUCUCCAUCUGAAAUAUAGAGUCAGUUACCAAAUAAUUUAAUCAUGGCGGAAUUUAUAGUGCCUCGCUUGUACUGCUGCUGUAAUUGUAGAAACCAUGUUUCACUUCAUGAUGAUAUUAUUUCCAAGGCUUUUCAGGGAAGAAAUGGCCGAGCCUUUCUGUUUUCCCAUGCAAUGAAUGUUGUCACUGGGCCAAAAGAAGACAGGCAUCUCUUGACUGGCCUCCACACUGUUGCUGAUGUUUACUGCGGUGAUUGUCGUGAAGUGCUGGGUUGGAAGUACGAAAGAGCGUAUGAGGCAUCCCAGAAGUACAAGGAAGGAAAAUUCAUUCUUGAAAAGUCAAAAAUUGUUAUGGAGAACUGGUAGCAUUCCCUUCUGCAGCUUUGUUCCCCAAUCCAUUCAUUUUAUUUAUGAUGUAGAUUUAUUCAUGCUUUGGGAUGUGCACAAUGUACAGGAAGUACUCAUCUUUACCUAUUUUGGAUUUGUCAUUGCUUAUCCAAUUUCAUUAUAUUCCUCAUGUUGUGACUAGAAGUGAUAUUGUAAUAUAAUCUGUUCAUUCCUUGUCAAUAAUAUCGUGUAUUCAUUUUCUGGUCUA